AUGGAUGGCAUCUCCACGUCCUUCGGGACCGUGAUGCUGUUUCAGAUCACCAUCGGGAUCUUGCUGAACGUACUGCUCCUGGUCUUUUACAUCCGCGCGUUGUGCGUCAGCCCCGGGUUCAGCUCCCUGGACCUGAUUUUCAGCCACCUGACUUUGGCCAACACCAUGAAUCUUCUCACCCUGGGAAUCCCGGAGACCCUCUCGGCCUGGGGUUGGAGAAAUUUCCUGAGCGACGUGGGGUGUAAAUUCCUCAUGUACGGUUCUCGAGUGGGCCGGGGGCUGGCCAUCUGCGCCAUCUGCCUCCUGAGCGUCUUCCAGGCCGUCGCCGUCGGCCCCGGGACCCCCCGGUUGGCCCGGCUCAAAGCCGGGUUGCCCAGGGGCGUCGUCCUCUCCUGCCUCCUGUCCUGGGGCCUCAGUCUGCUCGUAGAUUUAAGUAUGGCGUCGCACGUGACGGGCCCCAGGAACGGCAGCAGCGUUAAACUCGUGCUGGACCUCAGAUAUUGCGUAAAAGUCAGCGUCGGCACGGAAACCACCCUGCUCAUCGCCGUCGUGUUCUCCUUCCGCGACCUGUUCUUCGUGGGGCUGAUGAGUUUGGCCAGCGGCUACAUGGUGUUCGUCCUGUACAGACACCACCGGCGGGUCCGGCACCUCCACGGGCCCGGACGCUCCCCCGGGGAGAUGCCCGAGGUCAGGGCGGCCAAGAGGGUGGUGGUCCUGGUCGCUGUCUAUGGCCUCUUUUACGUACGACAGACCAUCAUGCUGAGCAUUAUACUCAACAUGAAAGAAAAAUCUCCUCUGCUGGUGAACUGCCAUAUGGUGUUAGCGUUCACCUUUCCGGUCGUCUGCCCGUUUCUGAUUAUUCAGAGCGACCGGAGGAUAAGUGCGAUCUGGAAAAAGGAAUCACCUGGUUCUAACGUAGAUUUUCCAUAG